AUGACAAGUUCAGAAGGUAACGUGACUACAAUCCGUCGGAAACUGGCAUUAAUCAUUGGCAAUCAAAAUUAUGAAAUAAGGCCUUUGAAGAAUCCUGAGAAGGAUGCUAACGAUCUGAGUAAAGUCUUACGUAGAAUUGGAUUCCAAGUUGAAUUGGGUAUCAAUUGUACGUACGAUGCAAUGAAUAAUUUAAUUAGCAGGUUUACUAACCGAAUCACAGAUGAAGAUUUAGUAUUGUUUUAUUUUGCUGGACAUGGUUUUCAACAAAAUGAACGGAACUUUAUACUGCCCAUAGACACAACUGAACGUUUUGACAACGAGACAAUAAUUGGAACCAAUACACUCAACGUUCAAGAUAUUUUGGAAAAAAUGAAAUCCAAUACUUCGUAUGCAACUAUAUUUAUUCUUGAUUGUUGUCGUCAAUAUCGGUUUCGAAACCGAAAUAUUUCACAAGAUUCUACAAAACAGUUUAAAGGAUUGUUCAAAAUGACAGCACCUGCUGGUUCACUUAUUCAGUUUGCCUGUGCUCCUGGUAAAUUAGCUGCAGAUGACAGCGAUCAAGCUAAGAAUGGAUUAUUUACGAAACAUCUAUUGAAACAUAUUGCCAGACCUAGUAUAGAUGUAGAUAUACUACUUCGAGAAGUUGCUAAUGGUGUGUUUGAAGAAAGCAAAGGAGAGCAAACGCCGUAUCGCGACAGUUGUCUAAUGACUAUUGGGAAUAUUUAUCUAAACACUGAAGAAGAUGGUAAGAAUGUUUUAGUAGCGUUCUCCUUAGUUUGUGAAUCGCUUCCAGCCUGUAACGACAGUAAUAAUUGUGAACUCUUAUUCACGAUAGCUUCUAUAGGUCUAUUUUAUAAUCAACGUAUAAUUGAGGUUGAAUGGAACAAAAUCUACUUCGAUGAAAUAUGCAACAACGAUUUUGGCAUCUCAACUUUCUUGAGUCCUGAAAAAAGCAUUUUUCAAACGAAAAUCUCACGAGAAAAAGUGAAAUUCAAUCCGAACCAAUUGCUAACUACAUUCAAAUGCUUUGCGGUCCCAGCAUCCGUUGAUCUAAAUGGAUCGUUAGAUAAAAAUUUCUGUACAAUCAUCGAUAAACCAUGUAACAAAUCAGUUCUUACCGAUCUGAUUAAUACGAAUCAAACAUUAUUACCAUAUAUUCUCGAUAGCCUCAAACGUUAUCAUGCACUAACAGAUAUCCAUUCGACGCUGUUAGGAUGCAACGAACUUACUAAAGAAUUCGUUAGUAUUCCAAGAAUCAUCACAAAACGCACGUUGCUCAUCGUUGCUAUUGAAUGUUUAUCGCUCGAAAGUCAACGAUAUUUCGGCACAUAUAUACGUAAAAAUGACUUACCAAUACCUUUAAGUUACUAUAUUAGUGAUACAUGUGAUUCUGCUUCGUAUAAAAUCAAUUUCAACUGUCUUAUCGAAGUACUUUGUCUGAGUACAGAUCGACUGUGUAUUCAAUUUGGCAGUGAGAGUUGUGUCGGCUUAGGGAAAACAAGUAUCAUACCAUUUAUAUUCAACGAUAAAAGACGAGCCUUAUUAUUCAAUAAACGUGAAGAUUCCCACUAUCGUUCCUCAUGCAUCGAUGUUGUUUUUGGUACGACAAACAAUUCGUCAUACGUUAUUUUUGAUGUUCAUGGUAGUCUCAAUAGUGAAAAGAAUAUUUUACUUGUCCGAGCAAUUCAGCUAUAUGCAACGAUUCAAGUUCUCUACAUUUCACCGAAUGAUUUAAACGAAACAAAUGAAUUUUUUGAGUACAUGAUCAAUCAAGGAUCACCUUUAUCAACUAUUGUCUGCAUAUUUGAUGAUAACUUCGACGAUGAGAGAUCUAUGAGUAUGGAGAGCGAAAACGAAUUGACCAAUCGCUUUCAAACGUAUGCCAAUCAACAUAAUUUUGGUGAGAAUAUUCUAUGUACAGUAGUGCCCAUAUUGAAAACGAGUAACGACUUAAGUGAAUAUGACAUUAAUACUCGUGCCGAACGACUCAUUCCGACUUUCGCUCGACUUUUUUGUGAAUUCGAGGAGUCAAUGAGAAUUCGACCACAGUUUCGAUCUAUAUUCGCGAUACAACAUGCUUAUCUCAGGAAAAAAACUCAUCCAGCUGUGAUAAAAUUCGAAGUUGAGAAUAAAUUUAGACAGCUUUUUAACAAUCUGUCAGAUGAAACGGAAAAUCUAAAAAUAAUUACACCGAUCAGUUACUAUCGUUCGCAAAUUGAUUCAAUUCAAAAACGACUUGUCGAAAUGGUCGAUUCAACAAAUGAAAUCAGUCAGUUGGCAGCAAGAUUAAAAGAAAUUACACUGAACCGCCGAAAAUAUAAAGAAGUGAAUCCGUAUGCUGAAUUCAUGAUCGGACUUCUUCAAUAUGCACCUUAUGUUUGUCUCGAAAUUAUUGAUUUUCAUCUUGGAAAGUGGCGUUUACGUUAUGCGUCUGAACUGAAUUCAGAGAAAGAAAAGCUCAAGAAAGAUGCCGAAGACAUUAAAAAUAAACUUUCAUCCGAAAAGAAACAGAAUCCGAAUGAAAUAACAGCAAUCAUCAAACAGCUUGAUGAGCAAUCAAAAAUAUUACAAAGAAAAAUUAACGAUAAAAAUGCGCAAAUCGCCAAUGUUGAUUUAACAGUCGGUUUAAUGAUUGACGAAUUAUUCGCAUUGUACGACUAUUUGCAUGACGAACAGCCGAUCUUAUUCGACAAGUACGAAAUGGAUUUCAGGCAAGUAGCAGAUACGCUUGCUCGGCUUGUAUAUAGAGGCUUAGGUAUUCACAUACUUCGUAGUCGACCACUUUUAUGUCAGAGUGGUUUGAUGGAAAUUUGCCUCAAACAAUUGCGUGUAACUGAAGACGGUCAACUGGCCACGUUGACUGUUAUUGGAGAGCAAUCGUCAGCUAAAUCUUCUCUUUUAAAUACUACAUUCGGCUAUAAUUUUCGUGUAAGUGCUGGACGAUGUACUAUUGGCAUGUAUUUAGGUGUAGUCUAUUACAAAAACAUGACAAUUAUCAUACUUGACACCGAAGGUUUGCUUUCACUUGAAGAGUCCGGUUCAAUUUUUGAUAAUCAAAUGAUUACAAUGGCUGUUCUGUCGUCUCAUAUUGUGCUAAUCAAUCACAAAGGUGAAUUAAGUGCUAGUCUUGAAGGACUCAUUGGUAUGAGUCUUUUUGCUAAAUUACACCUCCAAACUUCUCCACUCAAACCCAAAUUAAUGUUCGUUCUUCGUGACCAGAUGGAUAGAGGACAAGAGGUUUUUGUCGAACAAUUGGCAAAGCUACGAAACAAUUUGCGCAAGUCAUCCAGUUUUCUUCGUGUAUCGAUCGAUAAUGAACUUGAAAUACGCGAGGAACAUCUUGCACUUUUGCCAUGUGCUUUUUCCGAAGAUACUAAUGUUGAUUUGAAUCUCACUCAACGCUGGCGUAAUCAAACAUUUCCAUCCGAAAUCAUGAAACUUCGCUCUCAAAUUUUUCAAGCUCUAGAUGAACACAACAUAACACCAAAUUUUAGCUUUAAAAAUUUCGAUUAUUUUUCCAAGAAAAUAUGUGUCAAUUGGAGUUCAAUUGAUCAACUUGGUCAAGGUCUACUUGAAUGUAAAACAUUGUACGAGUUGAGCGUUACCAAUGAACUUAAAGAAAUAGCGAAGACUAUUGUGACAAAAAAAUCAGAACAACUGCAGAUCAAUGGAGGAACCAUGCUUAAAGAGUUGCUAGAGAGUCGAGAGAAUCAAACUCAAAUCAAUCCUGAUAUCUACAUGAGAGACUUGAUCAAAAAAGGUAUUCAGCAACUCGAUAAUCUUACAAGUGACUUGGUUCACGAAGCUAACAAUGAAUUUGAAUCUUCCACUCCGCAAAGUUAUUUUGCUGAAUUGCGACCUAAAGUAAAGAAGAAUAUUGAACCAUCGAUUCGAUGUAAUCAACAAGUUCUGCAAGCACAGUUCGAAGAAGACAUAUACACUGUAGCACGUGUAAGUGCCACUAUUCAAGUUCAAAAACAACUCCUAGCAAGUGCGAAAACUUUCUUCGAUCGUAAGUCUCGUACAACUGAUGAUGUCGAAGAGCUUAACCAAGCGUUAGAAUUGAAACACAAAGAGUUAAAAUGUGAAUUCGAAAAAAGUCUGAAUUUGUUGCGUAAAUCUCAUGAGGAGAUUAUUAAAACGAUUCACGAUAAUUACAACCAAAUAGUACGUUCACGUCGAGCUAAUACGAAGACGGACGAUAUCUAUAAUCGAUGCCCGCCGUUCGAUUAUCACCGUUAUCUUGAAAGAUGUACACAACUGGAUAACAUAUUUGGCUUGAAUUUAAAAUUUUUUUCCACAAAACAGAAAGAUUCUUCAUUCUUACAUAGAUUACGCGAGCGUUUUAUAUCAGCAGAAAAUAAAAUUCUAGAUGAAUUACAAUGGUUUCGAGAUCAUCGUGAUUACGAUCGAAAUCGAGAAAUAUUUCAACAGAUUAGUGAAGAACUUAUACCAAAUCUCCAUAAAAAUAUUGUUAAAAUGCUUGCAAAUAUCAGAUUAGCCUAUUCUGAUCCUCAAACCAUAGCAAAUUUAAUCGACUAUGUAGAUAAUGCAGUGAACGGAACACAAUCAUGUAUUCAAAAAUACUAUAAACAAAUUAAUUUACAACAUAUAGUUGCUGAUUUAAUUUUUAUUGCACUUCGAUGUCUUAUCGACGAAGCCAUAAUGAUUGCAGGACAGAAGGAUCUUGAAAUGUUAAAAGCCCUGGAUGGAUUAGAAGUAUGGAUGAACAACAUCAAAGAGCAGUUCAUUUUAAUCAGUGAUUCAGACCAGCAAGCUCGAAAAUUUGCCGCUGAUUUUCUCGACCAGCUCUUUGAAGAAAUCAUGGAUAUAUUUAAGGACACUAUCCAUACUGAGAUUUCUCUGAAAAUCACUGCGAAUCCUCAUAUUGAUCCAGAAAGAAUCGCUCGUAAUGCAUAUGACAAUAGUAUUGGUUCAAAUCCGCCUAAUGGUGAUAAUAUAAUGAAGUAUGUACUCGAUAUCAAUCGGUACUAUAUGGAAUUAGCAUUAGAUAAUGUGAAACUCAGUGCUGACAAUAUUGUUGCGUCGCAAAUUCUCAAGUUACAAAAUUUGAUAAGUAAUUGCAUCGACACGUCCAUUGAUGUAGUAAACAAGCAUGAAUGUCUCAAUGUUCAACAAGUGUACCAAUCGAUUAUUCAAGCUUUACAGAGCGUAAUUCCAGGUUUGAAAGCUGAAAAUCUUGUUGGGAUUUCAGCAGAGAUUCUAGAACCAGAACAGUUUCGAUACCGAUUUCUAGGAAUUCGCGAUCAACGUGAGGAUCUGAUCCGGAAAGUCGAGAAUCACCAAAAAGAAUUCGAUGAAAAAGCCAGACAUGCUUGCCGAGUGUUAAUAUCACAGCGACUAGGUUGUCAAGCUUGUUGCCCUGGUUGUGGAACGAAGUGUGAUAAUACUGAACUGAUUCAUAAUAAGCAUAGGAGUGCACAUCACUUGGCCAUGGCCUUCAAAGGUUGGCGAUAUAUAAACACAAAAUAUCCACUUUUGAACUUAUGUUAUCAAAACUGGGAUAAUACAGCUGCAAUAAUAAUUGGCGAUGACAGAUUUUCACCUAGGCGUACAUAUUAUGAAGAACGAGCGCCUGAAUGGCUCGAUGAUCUUAAUGAUAAAGCCAGAACGGGUGACAUGCACGGUGAAAAUAUACCUCCAUUUGAACAACGACGAGCGUGGAUGACUGUUCAUCAUGCUCUGGUGAAACAUUAUGCAACUAUAGAUCAUCCAUCAUACGACAGGAGCUACUAUCCAUCUUCGAUAGACAGUUUACCUGCUGAUUAUGAGCCUAAGUGGAUCUAUCGUAGUUAG